ACUCAAGAAUCAGGCACGAUGGGCACGGUCAUUGGUCCUCCUCUCGCAACUGCCCUCGCCAACGCUGCUGGCGCCGACAAGGUUUACUCUGAGGGCGUCGAAUACGCUGCCAGCUCUUCUGGAAACACCAACAUGGGCGCCGACGGUGGAGCAGCAAUGGCCAAACACGCCCAAGCAAUUCUUUCAUCAUGCCCAGACACCAAGCUCGUGCUAUCAGGCUACUCACAAGGCGCUAUGGUCGUCCACAACGCGCUCUCCUCGCAGGGUCUGGACGGAAGCAAAGUUGCCGCAGUUGUUGCUUUCGGCGAUCCAUUCAAUGGCCAGGACUUCGAAGGUGUGGAUGCGAGCAAGUGUAAGGAGUUUUGUGGAAGCAGUGACUUCUUAUGCUCUAGCGGCGGUACGACAGGUUCCGGCGGCCAUGUCAGCUACGGCGGGGAUGCUGAAGCUGCUGCGAGCUUCAUUGUCCAGGCUGUGGGCGCCUAG